AUGGAAGCAUAUAAAAUGAUUUGGAGUGUGAGUUUGAUUUCUCUGAUUCUCUGGGUUUUCUGGACACCCACACGGGUAUCCAUGGCAAUGGACUACCCUUCGGGAUCUAGUAAUUCCGGUGAAUUACAAGACAGGUACCAGAAAUGGAUGGAUAAAUACGGUAGACAAUACAAGAGCAGAGAAGAAUGGGAGCAGAGAUUCACAAUUUAUCAGGCAAAUGUUCAGUACAUUGACAAUUUCAAUUCUCUGAAUCAUUCAUAUACUCUGGCCGAAAAUAACUUUACAGAUCUCACAAAUGAGGAGUUUAUGGCAACUUACUUGGGGUAUGAAACUGUUUCGCUUCCUGAUACUGAUACAUUCUUCAGAUAUGGAAAUAUGGUUAAUCUGCCUACUAAUGUUGAUUGGAGAAAGGAAGGUGCAGUUACUCCGAUAAAGAAUCAAGGCCAAUGUGGGAGCUGCUGGGCAUUCUCUGCAGUAGCAGCAGUCGAAGGCAUCAACAAAAUAAAAGCAGGGAAAUUAAUGUCUCUUUCAGAACAAGAGCUUGUAGACUGCGAUGUGACCUCGGGGAACCAGGGAUGCAAUGGUGGUUACAUGUACAAAGCAUUUGAGUUCAUCAAGAAAACUGGACUAACUACAGAAUUAGAAUAUCCAUACACAGCAACUAGAUCUGCAUGCGACAAACAAAAAGAGAAAUACCAGUCUGUGUCAAUAAGUGGAUAUGAAAAAGUACCUGUCAACGACGAGAAAAGCUUACAAGCAGCAGUAGCUAAACAGCCAGUCUCUGUAGCAAUUGAUGCAGGGGGGAACGAUUUUCAGUUCUAUUCGGGUGGAAUCUUCUCAGGCAAUUGUGGAAAGCAACUGAAUCAUGGAGUGGCAAUAGUUGGGUACGGGGAAGAUAGCAAUCAAGCUUAUUGGCUUGUCAAAAAUUCAUGGGGCACUAGCUGGGGUGAAUCAGGUUACAUAAGAAUGAUGCGUGAUUCAACCGACAAGCAAGGUACUUGUGGCAUAGCUAUGAUGGCUAGCUACCCCAUCAAAGACUAAGCAUACUUCCUCGUGUUAAUUGAACUUGUCUACCUUCAGAGGUCAAAAAAUUAAAUUUACCAUGCAGAUUUUUAUGUCCACUAAAUUAUAUUAUACAAUGAUGCAAUAAGAAUUAGUAAAAGGUUAUUAUGUAUGAACAACAAAAGUCAAAAGGAAAUGAAGGAUUCAAGCACAAUAAAAUUUAAACAUAUUUAAGGAGUAUUUAUCAUGAAAAAUUCUUCUCUAAAUCUUCUCCACAUGCCAUUUGGAUUCCCUAUAUAUAUUUGAGAAUAAGAUAUAAAAAAAUUUAUAGUAUCUAAGACCCCAACUCUACAAAUCUGCGUCUUACAGCAGAAGCAAGUUCCACUUCCCCAAUGCCAUCCAGUCCCUCAACAACCUUUUGCCUGACCUUGAUAUAUGGUAUAAACCCUCUGUCUGUCAUCCCCAUGGUCACCUUUCCCGCUAAAAUAUAUUCACGACACUCUAGACAACCUUCAACAAGAAGCUCAUAGCUCUCAAAUCCAACAGAGACUGUCCCUCUCCAACAGCUCAAUGAUCUCAACUGCUCUCCUUACCUCUCGGUUUGCUCGUAACGCAGCCACAACAUUAAUAAUCGUUCCUUGUCUUGGCGUCAACUUAACUUUUACAACCAUUUCUUUUAGCAAUUCCACUGCCUUGUCAGCCAGUCUAACAGCUGUUGCUGCAUGAAUUAAGGUGCCAUAACUCUCCAAGUCAGGAACACCCCUGCCCCUCCCAUACCUUUCAAAACUUGAAAGGCCUCAGCUAAUUCGCCAAUGGAAUAAAGAGAGGAUAUAAGCUAAUUACAUAUGUUGCAGUCAGGCUUGUAAUAAAUUGACUGCAUAUCCAUCAAGAUAUUAGCAACAGACUUAGCCUGGCUACGUUGUUUUAGCCAGGCAGAAGAAAGUAGAAAAUGGGUCUGAGGGGAAGGGACACAACCAGAGUUGAGAAUCCUCUGGAGGACUGGAAGAGAGAGGGGAAAGGGUGAAGGGCUUUGAAGAGUGUAGAAAAGCAGAGAGCCAUGGACAAAUUGGGAUUUCGAGCGAGGUCUAACAGAUAUUAAGAUUGUAAUAUCUCAUCCACAACUUGUGUUCUUAUAUUAAGAGGAAAAGUGGAGAGAAACAAAAAAAGAUAGGGGUUAUGGCAAGCUUCUUGCAAUGAAGGAAACAGAUCAGGAAGUUUCUUAUAGGACUUUGAUUCAACUGCAGCUCUAAUGCUCUCUUGAAGGGUUUGUGAUGGUGAUAUUGAGUGGAUAGAAGAAUAUUGCCCCAAAAAGUGAGGGAAAUCGAGUAAAAAAGCAGAAGUCUUUGUUCUCCCAAUAUUCACGCUAGUAAGAAUAGGACGGUCUUAUCUUGUAGCAAAUAACUGUUUAUCGACACACUAUAGAUCAUGGAACAUAGAUUUAACAUUAUGUAUGAUCCUACUUAAGAGAUGAUAAAAGAGUAAUCACAAAAAAUGGUAGCACACAAAGAAGCAACAAAGAAGAGGAAUAAGUAGAAAUUAGAGAUUGUGGAAACAAAGCACAAAAAAAACUCACCACUUUGAUGUCAAGAAGAGUUGUGAAGACUCGCGAAUAGAACGGGCUAGAUGAUGUUCACAGACUGGCGGACAGAACUGCACAGGCCGGCGGACGGAAGUACACGGCUGCCGUAGUCGGCGACGAUACCCCAUGAGUUUCACGAUUUAAGUUGUUGAACUGUGAGGAAGUGGAGUUGAAGCUGAUUGACGAGGAAAUGGGAGAGACAAAAAUAAAAGGCUACAGUGUUAGACAUGGUAGGUGAAUUACCUUUUUGUCCCCAAUCUAUAAUCAAUACCCACAUUUUAAACAAAGAAAUCUCAAAGGUUUCCUUAAUUUAUGUGUCAUUCUUGUUUUACCUAAAAUUGUUUUUCAAAUCCCCAAUUAAUUCACCCUCUAUCCAAGUCUUCUCUUCUUUCUCUCUAACCCUCUUCUUUCCACCUUCAUAGCAACCCGCGGCACAACCAAAUUGGCGUCGGAUCACCGUCGACCACACUGGACUUUGAACGAUAGAUAGAUGAACGAAACUCAGGCCACGAGUGGAACUCGACUGGAUGGAUAAGCAGUACUUGGCUUGACGGCGAACGACGGCGCGGCUCCCUCGUAAGUACUCUUUACUCUCCUCGAACAAAGGUGCACACAUGGCGGACUCAGACAAUACGCAAGUCGGCUGGACGAUAGAUGAUGAGGGACCCAGCUUAACGGCGGCGGGUAGAGCAACGUACGACCAGACAACGAAAGAUUGUGAUGGUGACGGUAGCAGGGGAUGGUUCACGCAAACUUUAGUAUACUCUCAUAUACGUUUUUUCUUUUAGUAAAUUUGAUAUAUAAUAUGGUAUAUGCAUUCAUUUAUUUGAUAUAAUUAGAGUAUUUUUUAUUUAGGGUUUAUGUAUUGUGAUAUAUAAAUUUUGAUUUUUUUUUU